AUGGCUGGAUCUCACCCGCUUUGUGACUACUGCGCCCAGAUCCCCUUCCUCGCCAUGCCAGCAUCUGGAAGGUAUGGCCUCGGCUCCUGGUCCCGCAUCUUCGCCAGCCAUUGUCGCUUCUGCCAGCUUGUCAAGUACGCGUACUGUGAAUCAUAUCGAACCGAUCCGAGGCAAAGAACUCUGCUUAGCUCAGACGUUAUUGUGUCGUGGGGCGAAAACUAUUCCUUCUUCGAACGCCCGGCUUUCCGUAUCCAUGGUUUGCGGCAGCAAGACAUUUGCUUUGUUACCCAAACUAGUCAUGUUGACAGAAACAGCGCUUACCUCCGGCCCUUUGUCGAAGCCGAGCUGGAUGUUUCCAGGGUCUCACACUGGAUAUCAACUUGUGCGACAGCUCAUGGCAACCAUUGCACUUUUGGUGAUGCAUCAUUCGCCUCGGCAUUCCCAGGCCUUCAUGUCCUUCGCCUCAUCGACGUCAUGCAACACUGUCUGGUCGAGACCCAGGAAUUCCACCGCUACGUAGCACUCAGCUACAUCUGGGGCGCCGUAUCCAACUUUAAAUUAACCAAGUCGAACCUCAGUCGGCUGCUCGUCCCCGGGGUUUUGCAAGAAAUCUUUCUUCGGUUGCCACGGACUAUAUGUGACGCAGUCACUCUUUGCCGCAUGCUCAACGUGCGAUAUCUAUGGGUUGACGCCCUUUGCCUGCUCCAGAAUGACCCAGAAGACCUGGAGAGGGGCGUCGACGUCAUGGACCAGAUUUACGAGCGAGCUUGGUUAACAAUUUUCGCGGCAACUGGAACUGACGCCAACGCCGGACUACCCGGGGUUCAAGUUGGUAGUCGGCGCCCUGCAAACCUUGCCUUGGAAGUGCAGCCCGGGAUUCUACUGGGUGUUUGUGCCGGCCUGGACAGUCUAUUAGAAGACUCGAUGUACAGCUCAAGAGGUUGGACGUUUCAAGAACACGUGCUCUCCCGCCGGGGUCUUUACUUUGUAGACAACAAGGUCUUCUUCCGGUGUAGGACCAGCGAGUUCUCGGAAUCCUGCAUUGACUGUGACAACGCGAUGCCACGGUUCAAAAGCAUAGUGCUUUCGCUAUCAGCGGCGGCGUACAUGGACGAUCCCCUGCCGAACUACUCCCAACUGUUGACUCACUACACCUGCCGAGCCCUAACAGAUCCAGGUGAUGUACUACGGGCAAUGGCAGGUAUUAUCCGCCGCAUCUCCGAAAAGGUCGAAUGCCGCUUCAUCCAGGGACUACCAUCAGGUGCAUUUGAUAGUUUUAUCCUCUUCGAGUCCUGGACUUGUAUUCUGCGUCGUCGAAAGGGUUUCCCAAGCUACUCUUGGUGCGGAUGGCAAGGGCGUAUCUGGCUAGAUAUACUCCAUGAUAACGAUGAAUGGCUCUCCAAGACUUGGAUAAUUUGGUACAAACGAAGUCAGUCAGGUGUCACUAACCUGGUGUGGGACCACGCGGCGAACGAUUCAUGCCCAUUUCACGACACGCCAUAUGUUGGAUACCGACGCCGGCACACGUUCAAGCCUCCGGCCCCUCUAGGAUUCGCAACGACACGAACCGCACCUACCCGGGACCGUUGCGUGUCAAGAUAG